UACGUGAACUGCAGCUACCACUUGAGUGCAGGACGGGCCUAGUUUUCAUUAAACUUUAACUAUUACUUCUCAUCUGAAUUCUCCAGUGAAUUUCGCCAUGGAAGACAAUCAAGUUCAACCUGAUAUCGUAGGUGAUCCAGAUCAAGAAAUUGAAGAACUCACAGGUAUGGCACGUGAUGAAGCAAUCAUCGCACAACAAGAACGAAUACAAAAUGAGAUCAAGGAGAACAAUCCACUUGUUAGUCAAAGGUAUCCAAUCAGUGUGUUAUGUGAGGAGUACUUAGAUGAUCAAGUAUACAGGAAAAAGAUUGACGAUUUAUCAAGACAAUAUUCUCACAUCAGGAAAACAAGGGGAGAUGGGAAUUGUUUCUUCAGGGCAUUUGGCUUUGCUUAUCUAGAAAGAUUGCUUACAGAUAAACGAGAGCUUCAAAGAUUUAAAACCAUAGCAGAGAGGAGUAAGGCUCAGCUUGUAGAUCUUGGUUUCCCUUCAUUUACCAUCACAGACUUCCAUGAAACAUUCAUGGAGGUGAUUCAACAAGUUGAGCAGCAACCUGAAGUAGGUGAAUUAGUGGAUACAUUCAAGGAUCAAGGCAUUAGUGACUAUAUCGUAGUUUACUUGAGGUUAUUGACCUCAGGUCAACUCCAGAAGGAUGCUGAGUUUUAUGAGAAUUUCAUUGAAGGUGGAAAGACGGUCAAGGAAUUCUGCCGCAGGGAGGUUGAACCCAUGGCCCAAGAGAGUGACCACAUCCACAUCAUUGCCCUGACCUCUGCCCUAGAGGUCGGAGUUCGUGUUGUCUACCUAGAUCGAGGAGAUGGUGGCAAAGUUAUCCCUCAUGACUUCCCAGAAGGUUGUACACCUCAGAUUGUUCUUCUGUAUAGACCUGGACAUUAUGAUGUUCUUUAUCCUCUCAAAGGAUCAUAGAACAAAGUUAAAUAGUUACCUGUCCUCUAUAAAUAGUUAACCCUCCUACUUUCCAUAACAUUUGCCCGUGAGCCAACCUACCAUUCAAGACCUUUUAACUGCAAGGUUUGUAUGAUAGAAAAUAUGUGCAAUACCAUAGUUGAGGUUGGCAUACUUUUUUUAUCACUCAAAAACCGUAUUGAUAAUGAAUGGUCGGGCAGUAGGAGGGUUAGGUUGAUCAUACUCCAUGUUUUGAUCUCUUUAAGAAGAUGUGUUGGCUCUGGGAAGAGUAGGUUUGGUUUGUUCUCAACAUGUCAACCAGAUUGAUGUAUUGGUGUAAGAAAUGCAUCAGGAUAAGACUAUUACUUUGGUUGUUUUGGGUUUUAUCUUUACCCCAAUCUGUUAUAUUUUCGGUGGUUUAGUGUUAUUUUGUUCUAGAAUUUUGGGGUGUAGAGUUCGAAUCCCAACAAAGAAACCUCAUUUCUCUGCAGGACUUUGGAAAGCCCUGAGUGUACAGUGCUCGUCAUGCAUCCAAAUAAGGUUGUAACUAAAAUAUACUCAGUUUGUUCAAGUCAACAACAGGAGACUGAAUGGACAUUUAGAGAAAGCUGUUCCCAACUUGCCUUCAAAGAAGCUCUUUUAGAAUUAGAGCCACUAUCUCUGUUGAAAGAGAUGAUUACCUGAUGUAUCCACAAGAUUCAACAAUGGUCUAUCCACAAUGCAAAGCUUGAGGGAGAAUUCUGAUUUUGUAUUCUUGCAUAUCCUAUAUAAUAAUAAUAAGAAUAAAUAAUAAUAAUAAUAAUAAUAAUAAUAAUAUUGAAAGGGGUCAAAAUUUAAGUUCACAUUCACAACAAUGCUCUAUUCCGAUUCAACAGUUUUGAGUCUUUCCUAAACUCUACCAAUCUGUAAAUCCUAAACUGUUGACAUUAUGACGAUCCUAUUAACCAAAGUAAAAGAAUUCAUGUGUAAUGGGAUGAAAUUGGACUGAAUUGCAAACAAGAUAUGCCAUAAGUUAACUUGAAGUUGACUUUUAGUGACACACAGUUUUAUACUAAUAUGCCUCUAGUUUGAGACCUGUAAUGUAAUCUAAAUUGAACAAAAAUUGUACAGAAUCCAGACACCUACCUGAGAAACAUUGUUUCAAAAUACUAUGGACUAUUCUGACGUUUUAAAAAGAUUGAAUAUUAGAAAAAGGGUUAUUAAACUCCACUUUCUUGAAAUGAAAUGAUUUUCUUUUGCUUGUCUGCGUUUGUCUUAUCGCUAUAAAGCAGUUAUAGUAAACAUGUUUAACAGUAGCCUGUUAUAUAUAUCAGUCUUCAUGCCACAACUUCACAGUGUAGCAAAGACAGAUGUCAAACCAGAUUAUCUCCAGUUUCGUUAAAGACUCUUUUGUAAAGUCUUUAAUUGAGAAUUUUUUGUUAAGCUUGAGCAUUUGUAAAUAAUAGUCACGUAGUUGUUGUCUUUGAUAGAAUUGUCACAUCUCGUUUCCCCCCCCCCCAUUUUUUGUCAUAUCAAGAUUUUGCUGAAAGAAUGUUUAUUUAUUUGUAUUAAAAAUGGAAGAGGGUGUUAAAAUGUGUCUUUUCAGUGAUUUGCUCUCGUAAAUAUAAAUUUUAAUUGACAAUCCAUUUCCUUGCCAAGAAUCAAAUGAGACAAUUAUCCUUAAUCGCAUUGUUUUGCCAUUUAAAAUCAGUUGGAUUUGUUGACAGUUUAAAUUCAUUUGUGUGAAAUGCAACUUAUUUACAUGGAUCCUCAACAUUCUUUAAAUAGGAGCUAGUUCAAUGCAUUUCCUAUGGCCUACUGAUAAGCGUUCUGGCCAAAAUAUGUUUAUCUUUUGAAAGAACAGUGUACUGUUGUGAACCACCUUUCUCAUUUGGGUACAAUGCACCGUAUUUCUUACAAUGAAUUUUCCUUUUUUUUCAGGAAAAAGUUACUAUUUUUUCCCUGCCAAUAAGAAGCAAAUCUUAGAGUGCAAAGUUUAUAUGAAUAAAAGAAUAGUAGUCUUGACAGCAAGAAAAACGCAUCCUUUUUA